UUCCCAAAGAAAUGAAGAAAGGGUGAUAAUCAUAUUUAUCUCUCUUUUAUAAAUAUCCAUUCUCCGUUCCUAUUUCUUCUUCCUUCCUCUGUUUUCUCCUUUACUCAAUUUUUUUCUCUUCUGAUCAAUCUCCGGUAUCUCAGUGUAUUGAAGCAACAUGGGGGGUGGAAAAGACAACCACGACGAAUCUGACAGAGGACUGUUCUCAAAUCUUGCUCAGGGUCUGGCUGGUGGGCAUGGUGGUCAUGGAGGGUCUGGAUAUCCUCCAGGGCAAUACCCUCCGCAACAAGGCGGCUACCCACCUCAAGGAGGCUACCCGCCUCAAGGUGGCUACCCACCGCAAGGCUACCCUCAACAUGGUGGCGGCUACCCACCACAAGGCUAUCCCCAACAAGGUGGCUACCCACCUCAAGGGUAUCCUCCUGCUGGUUAUCCAGGGGGUCACGGUUCACAUCAAUCUGGGGGUCAUAGCUCACAUCAUGGAGGUGGAGGCAUGGGAGCCAUGGGUGGAAUGCUAGCUGGAGGUGCUGCAGCCGCUGCAGCUGCUUAUGGAGCUCAUAAAUUGACACAAGGCUCUCAUGGUUCUCAUGGUGGUGGUCUUUUUGGUGGUUCCCACGGAGGCCACAGUGGCGCUCCUUUUGGUGGUGGUCACUUCGGUGGUGCCUAUGGUCAUCACGGAGGGAAGUUUAAGCAUGGGAAGCAUGGGAAGUUUAAGCACGGGAAGUUUGGCAAACAUGGGAAGGGUCAUGGUGGAAUGUUCGGUGGUGGGAAGAAAUUCAAGAAGUGGAAGUAAUUCAGCUGUGCCCUUCUCAGCAUACAAACCUAAUAACUCUAAUGGUUGAUUAGCACAGCUUAGCUUUACUUAUAGCUGUGGCUUAUGUACCUCUUGUGCCCAAGGAUAAUUUUGGAUGUAGUGUUAUAUUUCUUGUCUUGUAUUUUUUUUAUUUUUUUUUUCUUUUUUCUUUUGUGGCCUGACUCAGUUGUGUGGCAUCCUCUUGACCAUUGCAAUAUAGAUAUAUACAUAAAUGGCGUAUGUGUGGCUUGUCUUUCCUGUUUGCUGUUUUCUACUCUUAUUUUCUGAGAGUAACAUGGCAGGGCAGUCACAGAUAAGCAAGAAAUGUGAAGUAUAGCAAAAGAAAUGUUCUAGUGUGAAGGUCUCUUGUUUAGAAGAAUUGCUGCCGAAAAAAAAAAAAAAAAAAUCAGUUUGUUGCUUAGACCAAACUGAUUUUUGUUGUUGAUAUGUCUAUUAUUGAAUGGUUUAAUCUAAUUGAGUUUUGUUGUUGAUA